GCGUAUAAUUUAUGAAUAAUGAUAGGCAAACGCAUAUAUCAUAUAUAUAAAAUAAUUUAUAGCAUCUGUAUGGCAACAUGCACUAGCCAGCGGCACCAACACCUGAGGGGGAAACCUGUCGAGUCAUCCAGCGCGGCCAACCUCGGGCUGUUUGUGCAACGGUUCUUUAGCUCCGUCAAUGAGAAAGACGCCAGCGGUGAAUCUUAAUUCUUCUUUUUACAUCGAGAGUUGUAAAGGUGAUACCGAACAAUCCGGAGGGAGCUUUAAAGCCGACAGGUUAGCCGAUCUUACUCACUCCUCGGGUGUUUGAUAAGCCCCGGGGCUGGAGAGUGGUCACAGUCCCCUGCCUCCUCCCUACAUCCCCUCCCAUUCUACACUUUUGUUGUUGACCAAGGGAGGCUGAAGGAUUUUUUCACCUUACGAUUUCUUCUUAUCUGGCUCAGUAGGUCUUUCUACUAACCUUCCACGCCCCCUCUGACGUCACAAAUCACCAUCGUAUAUAAGGGCGACUCCUCAGAUUGAUGGCACACCACAACUCAGGCUCUAAGUCAUUGAGUUCACUGAGCAGCCUCCGCAGUGAUCCCCAGUGUAAUUAAAGCAAAUUUUGAAUAAGGGAGAGCACUAUAGUUUCCAAUCCAUCUUGCACAUUCGUCAUGUUGUCGAAGUUCGUAUCAUUCUUCGUGAUUGUAGCGUCAGUGGCUACAAGUGCCUACUCUCUCGACCUCGACUUCAACUCCAGUGACUUGUAUGACGAAGAGGGUCGUCUUUUGGUUAUACCAGUGGGAGGAACCACUACCACUACUGGACUUAGCUUAAAUAUUACCACCCUUGCGGCCCUCGCCUCUGUCCUGGCAUCAGGCCUUGUCACCCUUCUGGGUUUAGGCGCUCUCGGAUUCCUCCUCUACUCUCUCUUUGCUGGAGGUUUUGGUGGUUCAGGGUAUGGUUCUGGUUCAGGAGGAUACGGCGGAAACGGCGGAUAUUCCUCAUACUCUUCGUACAGGCGAUCCUUCGAUCCCUACGCCAUCGAUUGGGAGAAGUUCUCCAUCCUCGACUGGAUUGCCAUCGGUGAAGAAGCCUGGAGGAAGUUCGACCCUGCUGAUCUCGAAUGCCAACAGCGCCUGAUCUGCGAAAUCCAUCAGAACACCUCCCGCUUCGGUUCCCCUGCUGCCCGCCUAGUUGAUCUCUUCAGCUACCUCCAGUACGCCGAGGUCCUCUCCCUUCCCGACGAGAUCAAGGCGCUGAUCGAAGAUUACAACGACGCCGCCGAUCGGGGACGCAGUCUGCAGAAGGAGUGUGGGGAAAUAUAUCAAACAUGCGAUUUCUCUGUAAAGAAAAUAAUGGACAAGUAUUCGCAUAACGAAGUGUAAACACUUACGGGAGAAUAUGGCUCAAAAGCCUGGGUGAAUGACUUCAGCAACGAGUGCCUUUACGCAGGGCCUUGAAGUUGAAGUAAAACUCCAGGCAAAACCCGUUUAAAGGAAGAGGUCUAGUUAUCAUUCCAUGAAGUAGCUUGGGCCUCACACCUUGACCAGAAGCUUGUCUUUUCGACUACGUCCUGUCUUGUUUUUAUCUGUAUUUAAAUAGCAUUUGUUGUUUUGUAUUUAAGAUAAUUUAUUGACUGUGAUGACUGCUGUAACGGAAAGACUGAACCACCGCCAUAGACUUAUGACGAAGCCGCCUCCUACGUAUGACUUAUUAUAUAAGACUUAUAGUGACUUUUACGCUUUACUUUGUAAAUACGUUUUGUUAUACAUAAACGACAUCACCUGA